GAAAAACAAAUUUCAAAGAAGAAUAAGAAGGAGAAGACAAAGAUCUUCUUAUAAAUCUAAAAAUGGAGGUUCUUCUGAAAUUACCCACUUCAGAUUCUCUUCUUACGGUGAAAGAUCUUGGAUCUGCUCAAAUCCAUGAAGCUAUUAAGGGUGACGGCGACCAUCAAGAACUUGAAUCUGCCAAGGCCGAGAUGAGCGAGGUGAAGGAAGAGAACGAGAAGCUUAAAGGAAUGCUCAAACGAAUUGAAAAUGACUACAAAUCUCUAAAACUCAGAUUCUUCGACGUAUUUCAGCAAGAACCUUCAAACAAGCCAACUCAAGAUCAAAAGGUGGUUGAUCUUCGGACAGAAUUGAGUUCUUUGGAUCAAGAACAUGAGCUUGUGUCGCUUUCUCUAGGGAGAAGAAGUUCUUCACCGAGUGAUAACACCUCGAAAAAGGAAGAGAAAGCCGACGCAAUCACCAAAGAAGUCAACUCUGACAAAAAGUUGAACGAGGUUGGUUUGACCUUAGGAUUCAAUAACGGCAACGACCGUGAACCAAACAAGAGUUUAUCUAUCGUGGAUAGCUUGGAAGAAGCAAGUAAGGUUACAGGGAAGAGAAGCUCUCCGUCACCACCGGCCUCUGGUGGCGAUGCUGAUGGAGAGGCCGGUCAGCAAAAUAAUGUAAAGAGAGCUAGAGUUUGUGUUAGGGCGAGAUGUGACACUCCAACGAUGAACGAUGGUUGUCAAUGGAGAAAAUAUGGUCAAAAGAUUGCAAAAGGAAAUCCAUGUCCACGAGCAUAUUAUCGCUGCACGGUUGCACCCGGAUGUCCCGUUAGAAAACAGGUCCAAAGAUGUGCAGAAGACAUGUCCAUACUAAUCACAACCUAUGAAGGAACACAUAGCCAUCCUCUUCCUCUCUCAGCCACCACCAUGGCCUCAACUACUUCAGCCGCCGCCUCCAUGCUCCUCUCCGGCUCCUCCUCAUCAUCAGCCGCCAAAAUCAUCGGAAACAACCUCUACGACAGUUCAAGGUUCAUCAACAACAGCAAAUCCUUCUAUGCACCCACCCUUCAUCCUCCCUUACAUCCCACCGUCACUCUAGACCUCACGGCACCACAACACUCUUCUUCUACGUCAUUGCCUUCUUUAAACUUCAAUAAAUUCUCCAACUCUUUCCAAAGAUUCCCAUCCACAAGCCUAAACUUUUCUUCUAGUUCUUCUUAUACUCCGUAUCCUUAUAACAACGUCCAGUUUGGGCCGUCUAACCUAGGAAAGCCAGUCCAAAAUAGCCAAUCCUUAACCGAAACCCUAACGAAAGCGCUUACUUCCGACCCAAGUUUCCACUUGGUGAUCGCAGCUGCGAUCUCAUCCAUGGUUGGAUCCAACGGAGAGCAACACGGUCCACGCCCUUCUAUUAGCAAUAGUAUUCAACAAACCACAGAGACGAAUAAUAAAAAAGGAUGUGGAGGCUAUUUUAACAGCUUAUUGACGUCUAACAUAAUAGCAAACAAUCAAACGGGCGCGUUUUUGGAUCAACCAUCUUCGCAACUUCCUCCAUUAUCUAUGUUCAAGAAUCCUUCUUCUUCGUCUUCUACGGCUAGUUUCGUUAACAAGGACGAGAAAAGCUAGUAUUUGUAUCAGAACGACCUCGUUUAAUUUUUGGGGUGAUUUUUUUUUUCUCAUUAGGUGUUAGUUGUUACAGUAUUGUAUCAGAAGAUGUUAAUUAAAUGUACAGCUAGAUUAAGAUCCGCG